UAUCACGUCCAUCGCAGCGCCAUACAUCUCUCAGAUUCCUUCUUAAGUCUUAAACAAAUGGAAACGGCCUCUCUUCGUUCCACGGUGCUUCCCUCACAAUCGUUUCCGGUCAAGCCCCAGCGCUGGCGGAGAACAGCCAUCAACGAAGAUCUGAAGAGGAAGUCAGUCAGAGUCUUUGCUGGAAAAAGAGACUACGGUGGCCGCCUGGUCGACGAGAACAUGAUUAUUCUAAGAAAGCUUAUACGCGAGAUGAAGAUGGCGGAGCGCAACUACGAACCGCCUUCAGACUGGAUGGAUUGGGAGAAGAGGUAUUACACCAAGUACGACUCGGCCAUCUGUGAAGCAGUGGGGUUUUUGCAAACUGAACUGAUGAACACCAGGCCAAGCUUGGCUCUGGGGGUGCUGACUCUUCUUGCACUGAGUGUCCCUGUAUCGACGGCCGUGACCUUGUCUCAUUUGAUCGAGAUAACCAAGUGGAUUCUAUCUGGGGUUCACGUAAACUGAUGUAUAUUUGACAUGAUUAAGCUAGUUGGGUUUAGUGUAUUAAUUAUCGUGUAGAAGUAAUUUAAAUUCAGUAAAAGGAAUGAAGCCCACUUGCUUUCUUUCUCUCCUUUUGCAGUUGCAUCUGUUCAUGUUCUUCACUCAACCAGGAAGGAAUUCAGUUUCCACUACUGAGGACUGUA